AUGGCAUUGGGAGAGGUCUUUCUUGCGGCAUUCCUCCAGUUGCUGCUGGACAGGAUAACGCCUCAGGAGAUCGUGGAGUACUUCGGAUGCUUGGGAGGAGUUCGCAAAAAGCUGCGGAAAUGGAAGGAAACACUGUUGGCAAUUGCAGCGGUGCUUUCCGAUGCGGAGGAGAAGCAGCUGACGGCCAAGGCAGUGAAGCUCUGGCUGAACGAACUCAAACACUUGGCUUACGAUAUCGACGAUCUACUCAACACCUUUUCUAAUGAGAAGUUAGAACGCGAGCAGCUCAAGCUUCACCAAACUGGCACAAGCAAGGUACGAGGCUUCUUUACAAAACUUCCUCACAAAGUCAAGUUCAAUUUCAAUAUGAACUCCGAAAUAGACCAGAUUUCUAAUCGCUUGCAAGAGAUAUAUGAGCUGAAGAGGAAUCUUGGUUUGAAAGUGACUGGGCUUAACUCUACUUCAACAUCCUCAUGGCAAAGGCCACCAGGUUCGUAUGUGUUGGAUGGACCUGUGGUUGGGAGAGAUGAAGACGCAAGAAAGAUUGUUGAAAUGUUGUCCAGAGAUGUUGAUCCUUCUUCUACCACCAAUUAUCAAGUUGUUCCCAUUGUUGGUAUGGGAGGAGUCGGCAAGACAACGAUUGCGGGACAAGUCUUCAAUGCUGCUGCAAAGGAACAGUUUGAUAUCAAGAUCUGGGUUUCAGUGUCCGAUGACUUCAAUCUUGAAACGGUGACGAGAACUAUUUUUAAGAAAGUUACAUCUGGGCCAUGUGAUAUUGAUGAUUUCAGUAAACUUCAAGAUGAUCUGAGCAAGGCGCUGGAUGGUAAAAGGUUUUUGAUUGUUUUAGAUGAUGUCUGGAGCACGUGUGAUUAUGUUUCAUGGAUAAAACUGCAAGCUCCCUUUCGUAGGGGAGCUAAGGGAAGUAAGUUGCAUACAUGCAGUUGCUUAUCUUUCGUUAAUAGAAUAUAGGGGAAAUGAUCAUUUACCCGAUUUUAGGCUAAAAAUUGCCCACUUGCUCCACCAA